CUAUUUCUUUCACUCUCCUUCCCCCUCGGCCUCGCUGCUACUUCCGCUUCCUCCUGCGAUUCCGUCCGCAGAACUGCAAAGCGUUAGGAGCUGCCGGUGUCAGGGGCUCCCCAUGCACGCCGGCGGGCAUUCUGGCUUUUGAGCGUUCAUACCGAUCCUAAUAUGCCUGCAGGAGAGAAGCAUGGGGUGGGGACGAUGAGACCAGUCGUUGUCUCCCUUCUCUUCUUCCUCCUCCUCGCCACCGACACCAAUGUUGCGUCGUCGGCUUCGGCCUCGGUGAAGUUUACCCCCUCCGACAACUACCUCCUCGACUGCGGCGCGUCCACGAGCACCCAGCUCAAUGACGGCCGCGUCUUCCGCUCCGACCCGCAGUCCUCCUCCUUCCUCUCCACCAAUGAGGAUAUCAACGUCUCCGCCGACAAUUCCACCGCUGACUCCUCUGUUUCGCCUUUGUACCUCACCGCCAGGGUCUUCAACGGCCGCUCCACCUACAGCUUCUUCGUCUCCAAGCCCGGCCGCCACUGGAUCCGCCUCUACUUGUACGCGUUCGCAAACGCCAAGUACAACCUCACGUCCGCCGUCUUCACCGUGAGCACCGACGACAUUGUCCUCCUCCAUGACUUCACCCCGGACUCGCCGGCCUCCGCUGUCGUCAAGGAGUACCUGGUCGUCGUCUCCGGCGACAAGGUCUCCCUCACAUUCGCGCCCAAGAAGGGGUCCCUCGCGUUCAUCAACGCUGUCGAGGUCGUGUCGGCGCCGGACAAUCUCAUCGCCGAUUUCGCCGCGGCCAUCUCUCCCGCUGGCCAAUUUAAUGGCGUCUCCAAGUUGGCUCUCGAGGUCGCCUACCGGCUCAACGUCGGGGGACGGGAGAUCGUGCCCGUCGACGACACGCUGGGGAGGAAAUGGCGGACCGACGGCGGAUUCCUGAAGGUCCCCGCAGCCGCCCAGAACGUGUCGGUGUCCACCAAGACGAUAAAGUACCCCGACGACGGGUCGGUGACGCCGUUGAUCGCGCCGAGCACGGUCUACUCGAGUGCGGAUGAGAUGGCCAACUCGAACACGGCCGUUCCCAACUUCAACAUCACAUGGGAGAUGGUUGCUGACCCAGCCUUCUCGUACUUGAUCCGCAUGCACUUGUGCGACAUCGUCAGCAAGAGCCUCAACACGCUCUACUUCAACGUGUACAUCAACGGGCUGAUGGCCGUCUCCACCCUCGACCUCUCGUCGUUGACCUCGGGCCUCGCAGUCGCCUACUACAAGGACUUCGCCGUCAACGCCACCACCAUAACCAACUCGACCAUCCUGGUGCAGGUCGGGCCGACCCCCGACUCGGCGUCCGGAACUCCCAACGCCAUCCUCAACGGACUCGAGGUGAUGAAGAUGAGCAACGCGGCGGGGAGUUUGGACGGCCUGUUUGCGGUGGACGGGUCUUACCAUGGCGGUGCGGCCCCCGGUAGCAUCGUGACGAAGGUUGCACCGGGUGUUGGCCUCGCGUUGGGCGCCUUGACGAUGGGCCUGGUGGUGGUGAUGUUCUGCCGGUGGAGGCGGCGGCCAGCGGAUUGGCAGAAGAGGAACAGCUUCUCGUCGUGGCUCCUCCCGCUCCACGCGAGCCAGUGCAGCUUCAUGAGCAGCAGAAGCAGCAGCUGUAGCAAAGGGAGCUACAGGAACCGCUUCGGAUCCCACAAGAGCAAGAGCGGCUACUCGGGCGUCUUCUCCUCCGGUACCAUUGGCCUCGGCAAGAUCUUCACGUUAGCGGAGGUAAGGGAAGCCACGAAGAACUUCGACGAGAAGGAGGUGAUCGGCAUCGGGGGUUUCGGAAAGGUUUACCUGGGCAUGCAAGACGACGGCACCAAAUUGGCCAUCAAACGAGGGAAUCCGUCGUCGGAGCAGGGGAUCAAUGAGUUCCAAACAGAGAUCCAAAUGCUGUCAAAGCUUCGGCACCGCCACCUAGUGUCACUCAUCGGCUGCUGCGACGAGAACAACGAGAUGAUCCUGGUGUACGAGUUCAUGGCCAACGGCCCGUUGAGGGACCAUCUCUACGGCAGCGCCGGCCACCCUCCGCUAUCAUGGAAACAGCGGCUGGAGGUCUGCAUCGGGGCCGCGAGAGGCCUCCAUUACCUCCACACCGGUGCUUCACAGGGCAUCAUCCACCGGGACGUCAAGACAACCAACAUCCUGCUCGACGAAAACCUGGUGGCGAAGGUCGCCGACUUCGGCCUCUCCAAGGCCGCCCCGUCCCUGGAGCAGACCCAUGUCAGCACCGCCGUGAAAGGAAGCUUCGGUUACUUGGACCCCGAGUACUUCCGGCGCCAGCAGCUGACGGAGAAGUCGGACGUGUACUCCUUCGGGGUGGUGCUCUUCGAGGUGCUGUGCGCGAGGUCCGCCAUCAACCCGGCGCUCCCAAGGGAGCAGGUGAACUUGGCGGAGUGGGCGAUGCAGUGCCACCGCAAGGGUCAGCUGGAGAAGAUCAUCGACCCCCACCUGGUUGGCACCAUCAGCCCAGCGUCUCUGAAGAAGUAUGUGGAGGCUGCGGAGAAGUGCCUGGCCGACCACGGAGUCGAUCGGCCGUCCAUGGGCGAUGUCUUAUGGAACCUCGAGUACGCCUUGCAGCUGCAGGACGCGGUCAUGGAACAUCCCGGUGAGGGUUCCUCCGACGAGAAAGCCAACAACGUCGCACAAGAGAGCCCAGUUCGCAAAGGAGAUGAGGGCCACGCCGUGAUCAACGAUGACUCGACCCCGAUUGCCGGUCCACUGUUCCAAGGGAGGUGAAGAGAGAAAGAAACCUUCUUCUGUUCUUCGAUCAGAGGCAGCCAUGACAAGUAUUUAUCAGCGUUCUUCCCGACAACAACAGAGUAAUUAUCAUAUUUCUUCGUUUCUGAUUUUGUUGGUGUGAAUAACACUACAUUUGCAUGUAAUACAGGCUUUGUCUCCAGCUCGAUUGUAUCUUA